AUGCCCAGCCGUGAGCGCUCAACCCAAGAGCAGCGCCGCGCCCCUGCUGCCGAGGAGGCACCGGCUCGUCCUUCUAUGCCUCAAUCUACCGACUCCUCAAGCUCUGUACCCGGAAACACACACGAGGACCGCGUUGCCGCUGCCAGGGAACGUGCGCAGAAGCGUAUUGCCGAGCGCAUGGCUGCUGCUGGCUUGAAGCCUGCCAGCUCCGAAGAGACCCUUGUGCAACGCCAGGAGCGGGAAAAGAAAGAGCGCGAGGAGCGCGUUCGACGUGCCGAGGAGGAAGAUGCUAAGCGGGAGCAAGAGAGAUCACGCCGUUUAGCUGAGGAGAAGGGCGGUUCUGCAUCCGCAGCUGCUGCCCCCAAGACGGCGGGCAAGAAGCCCCCACCGGCUCCUCCUACUCGCAGAGCUCGGACCGAUAGUGCCGGUCAAGCUGACUCGAAGAAGGCGGAUGAGGUUGCCAAGGAACAUGCUGUUCGUGAGCAGGCCAUUAAGGAAGAACAGGAAGCCCAGGAGGCAGAGACCAAGCGUCUUGAGGGUGAGGCCCAGUCGCACGAGGACGAGUUCGAGAAAGAGAAGGAAGCCCAAGCUGCCCGACUCCGUGCUCUCGAGGAGCAAGUCCGACAGGGCAAGGUGAAGAAGCAAGAGGAGAAGCGCCGCAAGGCAGAAGCUGCACGCGAAGCCAAGGACAACGAAGCUCGUCUUGCAGCCCAGCGUGCCGAAAUCGAGGCUGCCAAGGAGCGUGAGCGGCAAUUGCAGCUCGAACUCGAGGGCAUUGACGAUGAGAGCUCUUCAGAUGACGAGGGCCCUGAGGAUAUCACUCCUCAGCACAGCACUCCCACCCAGAGCCAGGUUCUGAAUGCGCCGCCACCCGUUCCUACAAUCUCUAUCCCCGAGCCCCCCGCGCAAGAAAUCGAGAAGGCCUUCAGCCCUGAGCAGCAGCCUACAUCCCCUGAGAGCACUCGCUCCCAGCCAGCAGCUACCCCGGAUGCCGAGUCCAAGAACCCCUACUACAAGUCCUUGGGCCAGAGCCAGCCUCCUGCAGACUCGACCUCACCUCCUGCAGCCCAGUCCACGAAUCCCUUCCACCGCCUCCAGCAACAAGAAGCCAUCAAGCCAACCUUCACCGGUGCCGGUCCCCUGGAGCGCAAGAGCCGUGUUCGCCCCGAGGAAGACGAUGACUGGUCCGCCGCCGGCUCCGACGCAGACUCAUCCGACGACGAGGAUGAGCGCCCAGGAGGCGGUAGUGCCAAACAGCUUGCUAGCAUCUUGUUCGGUACCAUGGCCCCUCCCCGUCCUCUAAGCGCCAUGGACGAAGACAAGCCCUCUUCCGAAUACACCACACCGGUCCAAGAGAGCCCUAUCGCUCCUCCUCCCCCUCCCCCCGCACCCGCAGCUGUCCCCGAGCCAGCCAGUGACGAUGUCUCAUCUCCUGUCGCACCAGCUGGUCUUCCUCCCCCUCCUCCACCACCGCCUCCUCCUCCUCCUCCCCCAGGCAUGGGCUCUGCACCCGCAGCACCGCCCCCACCACCCCCCCUCUGGUGCCCCUGGUGCUCCACCCCCACCUCCCCCUGCAGCAGCAGCCCCUCCGCCCCCACCCCCUGCCGCGGCUGGAGCUGGAGGUGA